AAGGUGCGCAUCAACUCCCCCUGCGCCCGUUAGCUCCUCUCCCUCACCUAUUUGUUUCAUUUUUUCCCACCGAUUUCGUCACCUUCACUCUCUCGCUUAAAAUACACACACCUCUCUCUCUCUCUCUCUCUCUCUCUCUCUCUCUCUCUCACGCACACACCCCCUGCUCUCCCUCUCUCUGCUUUUGUUUGUGUAUCACUCAUCCGCAGCUUCUGUGUCGCUUUUGAGGUGGUCGGCGCUCUGAAAUCCAGCUUGAAGUUCAAUUCACGAAGAGACUAACACAGACUGCAAGUCUUUUUGAAGGCGGAGACUGUUUUGUUUCUUUGCAGCGAAGCUAGAAGCGAGCGAAUGUGUGCUUGCUUUUGUUUAUCUGAAACUCGAUCACUGUGAAGGAGGUUCGCAGGGACUGUUGUACGGCCAGUCGGAUUUUCCAUUUUCAUUGAAAUUUGAGAGAGAGUCAACGAAGCGUGCUAGCGUGCGUGCGUGCGGGUGGGUUGGUUGGUACGUGCGAGUGCAAGGAUUGUGAUCAGCCCGUGAGACCCGUGAGAAAAUGCCUCACAGAACGACUUACUUCUUCCCCAGGCAAUUCCCGGACCGGGGAUUAGACCCGAGUUCGUGCAAGCAACUAUUGGAUCACGAGCAGAUCAACAAGAAAGUUGCGAGUACGACCAAAGAGACCUUUUACACCGAAAGAGACAGAAGGUGGUUGAAGGACGCGUCCUUCACGGUCACCAAGAAGGACGUCUCAGCUGAACCGCCCGUUCUUUUCACGCGCGACGACAAGUCGAAGCAGCAGCAAUUUGCGGCUUUUUGUGACUGGUUGGUUGAGAGAAAAGGGGAGCGAUCCGGUCACGUGAAGUCGUCGUCGUCGUCGUCGUCCAGGCUGUCAUGUGUCGACGUCGACGACGACCGCGAGCUCUUGCUCCCCAAAGAAGCGGCCGAGCCCGUUAAGGAUCACGGCAUUGACAGGAACUUCGACCGCCAGGUCUCUCUGCCGCGGCUUUCCAGCGAGGGUAGUAGCUAUGCGGGGAGCUUGUUCUCUGGGACGACGACGUUUGAUGGAAACCUCUCCUGCGACAUUGUCAAGGCCUCGACGACGACUUCGCGGCAGGGGGAGGAGGAGGCGGUGGAGGUGGAGAGUAAAGAGAGCUUGGCGCAGAGAGUGAGGGAGAGUCACUAUCUUCAGCUUACUUUCGCUAGGAGGCUCUCUUCUCAGGCUAGUCUUGCCUGCGAGCCUUUGUUCAUGGUUGAGAGUACUGGACCGGUGGCUUCGGAUGCCGAAGCUGUUUCUUACCGUCUCUGGGUUAACGGGUGUUUGUCUUACACGGACAAGAUAUCGGAUGGUUUCUAUAACAUUUUGGGAAUGAAUCCGUAUCUGUGGCUGAUGUGCAAUGAUGAAGAGGAAGGCAGGCGGCUGCCGCCGUUGAUAUCGCUUAAAGCAGUUGACCCCAGCGAAACAUCGAUGGAGGUGGUGCUUGUAGAUAGGCGUGGGGACUCUCGGCUUAAGGAACUUGAAGAUAAAGCACAAGAACUGUAUUGUGCUUCAGAGAAUACCUUAAUGUUGGUGAAGAAGCUAGGCAAACUUGUUGCAAUCUACAUGGGGGGCUCUUUUCCAGUGGAGCAAGGAGAUCCCCACAUACGUUGGAAGGUGGUUAGCAAAAGAAUGAGGGAAUUUCAGAAAUGCAUCGUGCUCCCUAUUGGCAGUCUAUCUAUGGGACUUUGCAGGCAUCGUGCGAUUCUUUUCAAGAAAUUGGCAGACUACAUAGGUUUGCCAUGUCGAAUAGCUCGAGGUUGCAAAUACUGUGUGGCCGAUCAUCGCUCCUCUUGCCUCAUCAAAGUCGAGGGCGACAAGCAGUCCUCAAGGGAAUAUGUAGUUGAUCUAGUUGGGGAACCAGGAAAUGUACAUGGUCCAGAUUCCUCAAUCAAUGGAGGAUUGCUUUCUUCAAUGCCUUCACCAUUUCAAAUUUCCCAUCUAAAAGAAUCCCAACAACCUUGCGGGGAUAUUGCAUCAUCUUGUCAAAUUUUAAACUCAGAGCACAUGUGUGCUCCUACUAAAAAUCCUCUAUACUCAGGUUGUGGGGAAGAAGGUCUGCGAAUAAUGGAAUCAUCUCUGACACCUUUCAAGUUGGAAGGGAAUGCUGAACAUUGCAUACUUAAGAAUCCAAUUUUGCCAUUUGCACAGGGCAAUGUUUCAGAACCUCUAGAUUCUGCUCCUGAGGCAUUGUUUCAUGAAUAUUCUAGGCUUGGUGAAGACAAAGUUGUCAUACAACAAACUUACAAAGAAGAGAUUUUUGUGUCUGGAAGUCCAGAGCAACCACAAGUCAGCCUAUCAAGUCAGCCAAAUCUGAAGGAGGUUGAUAGUAGACUUGAGAAUCAUGGGAGAUUUCCUGAUGUAACCAUUCCAAAAUACUUGAAUCUUGAACCAUCUCUUGCAAUGGACUGGCUUGAGAUAUCAUGGGACGAAUUACAUAUCAAGGAGCGCAUUGGUGCUGGCUCAUUUGGGACCGUGCAUCGUGCUGAAUGGCAUGGAUCGGAUGUAGCAGUCAAGGUUCUUACCAUGCAGGAUUUCCAUGAUGAUCAAUUGAAGGAGUUUCUAAGAGAGGUUGCAAUAAUGAAACGUAUACGGCAUCCAAAUGUGGUUCUCUUCAUGGGUGCGGUCACAAAGCGUCCACAUCUGUCAAUAGUGACAGAAUAUCUGCCCAGAGGUAGUCUAUACCGUCUCAUGCACAGGCCUGCUUCUGGUGAGAUGUUGGAUAAAAGAAGACGGUUACGCAUGGCAUUGGAUGUGGCCAAGGGGAUCAAUUAUCUUCAUUGUCUAAACCCUCCUAUAGUGCACUGGGAUCUUAAAUCUCCAAAUUUAUUGGUGGAUAAAAAUUGGACAAUAAAGGUAUGCGAUUUUGGUUUGUCCAGAUUCAAAGCAAACACUUUCAUAUCAUCAAAGUCUGUUGCCGGAACACCUGAGUGGAUGGCUCCAGAGUUCCUUCGUGGAGAACCCUCAAAUGAAAAGUCUGAUGUUUACAGUUUUGGAGUGAUCCUGUGGGAGCUUGUAACCAUGCAACAGCCUUGGAGUGGACUUGGCCCCGCACAGGUAGUUGGAGCUGUUGCUUUCCAAAAUAGAAGGCUUACUAUCCCGCAGAAUGUCUCCCCAGUCUUGGCUUCCCUUAUGGAAUCUUGCUGGGCCGAUGAUCCUGUUGAGCGCCCAUCUUUUGGUAGUAUAGUUGAAUCUCUAAAGAAGUUACUGAAGUCCCCAGUGCAGUUAAUACAGAUGGGUGAAACGUAAUGUAAAGAGUACUCUCCAUCCAUAGCUUAAAAUUAGGAAAUAUUUUCGAAUUCCCUAAGCUGAUUUGGGGGAGUUAAAUACCCAAACAACCGUGGCUGGCUCAACCUUUUUGGUUGUUGACCCACCAAGCUGAAGCCUAUACAAAAGAUGCAGAGAAAUUUUUUUAGUGGAAGCAGCCUUUGCCUCUGUCGUAUAGCUUAUUUCCCAUAUGGAAUCCCAUGUCUAAAAUUGGGAAUUCACUUGGAUAUGUUUAUCAUUUGACUGGUACUGGCUGCAUUAAGCAUCUUGCUGUCAAUGUAAUCCAACUCGAUGGUUGGGAUGAAGGCAAUGUAAUAUGCCAUAUUUCCUUUGUAAGUGCUUCUUAACCGAAGUUAAAUGUUCGGAUAUCAUAUUAAAUUAUUAUUAGUUGAUGAAAAAUAGUGAAUUUAAUA